UCGGAACUUUAGCGAAAUUGCCAUGGCGGAGCAAUCAAAUUUUGGGAGAAAUUCUCAGUCUCGUGGUGGACGCCCUGCCACAGGUGGAAGGAAGUCUGCUACCAACAUCAGGAACAACUUGGAACCGUCCAAUGAUCUCCUUCGGAAGGAGGAGGAAUAUAAACGUCUCAAUGCUGAACUGGAAGCAAAGACUGCAUCGCUGUUAAAUGAAGCUGAAGAAGUGAUGAAAGGGCAAGAGUCCGCCCUGUCCAGGCCGUCCCUCCUUGACAACAUAAAUGCUGAUGAUUUUCUCAGGAAUUGGGAAGAUGAGGAGUCGUUGUCAAAUAAAAGUGACGAGGAUCAGGGGCAGGAGUCCCGGCCACCAACUCAACGUAGCACCCGUCCGCCAUCUAAAGUUAGCAACCACAGUCGGCCGACGACCGCCGCACGUCCAAUCUCGGCAAAAGCUAGGCCAUCCUCGAGGACCCAGUCCAAAAAAACAAAGUCAAAUCUAGCAGAUGACGUUGCUGUCCCCGAUGAUGCAUUUGUGACAGAGUUUAGAGACUACAGUUUGAAGAAGACCAUAUCUAAUAUAGAAGGGAAGUUGGAUAAAGGGGAAUUCGACCCGAGGGAGUUGGAAGAUGACGAUGUUCUGCCAUCUGCUGCAAAAGAUAUGGGAACAGAGGCCCAGAUUCGUUUCUUGAAAGCCAAGUUGAGAGUCAUGCAGGAGGAGGUCGAUAGGCUAGCUCAUGAAUGUGGGAAGAAGGAUGAAGAGAACUCGUCUCUGCUGGUUAAGCUGAAAGAUGCCGAGGAUGAGAGGUUACGAUUCAGUCGCACGGCAUCCCAGCAACAGGGACAGAUUGAAAAAUAUAAGAAGUUAUCGGAGGAGUCGAAGGCUAAGGCAGACUUAUUGGAGAAUCAGUUGAAUUCUAAUAAGAAGGAUCUUGAAAGUCUGAAACGUUCACAAAAGCAACAAGUUUCCAGUCAGGGUGCGACCGAGGUCCGUCUGAACCGAGCGUUGGAGGAGGUUGAGAAAUAUAAACAGCAGAUGACGAGGUUUAAAUCAUCAACAAAAGAUACUUCCGAACUAGACAAAAGGAAAAUCGAGCAGCUGUUGGCAGAAAAUAAACGCCUUGAUAAACAGAAGAAUGAGCUGAUGACGGGAUUCAAGAAGCAGUUGAAACUGAUCGAUAUUCUCAAACGACAAAAGAUGCACAUAGAGGCUGCUAAGAUGCUGCAGUUUUCAGAAGAGGAAUUUGUGAAGGCUUUAGAAUGGGGAAAUUAGGAGAACAUUUUUGAAGUUGACAAUUUGUUUCCAUAAGAUUUAUACAAUACGACAUAUUCCAUUUUAGCCCAGUUUGUGUAUAUCAAGGUUGUUGCAUUGCGGGCCUAAUAUUCUGGGAGUAAAUUGGUGAGAUGACAUCUUGAGGUUGUGUCAAGAAUUCAUGAUGACCUUGACAUCAUUUGGCCAUGAUGUGACGGACUCUAGUACGGACCUACAGACCAAUUUCUAAAUGAGAAGACUUGUUGCAAUUGCAUGGCAAUGUCUCCAGAAGCUAGAAAUUCUGUUUGUAAAUACAUUAAAACAUCUCUAUAAGGGACACACCCUCAGGACUGACAAGUGCUGUCCUUAAUAGAGAGGUGUCCUGAUUAGAGAGGUCAAAAUGAGUGGAAACAACCAAUUUGGGACCAAAACUAGUGUCCUUGAUAUAGAGGUUGUCCUUGAUAGAGAGGUGUCUGCUAAGGGAGGUUCCAAUGUUGAAACUCGGCAUGAUGGUCACUCCCUGGAAUUGAAGAUUAUGUGUGGAUGCAGGCACCUAUGUCUUAGUGAGCUGCUGGUUGGCUCUAUUUAGAAAAGAUUCCUGUUUUGAGGAAUCAUUUAGAAGUGUGUUGUCAACGGACUCUGUACCGGUAUUGUUGCAAUGAAUCAUAAAAAUGUAUUAUCAUGUCCUGGUUAAAAUUCCAUUGAGAUGCUGAAUUGAACAUUUCACAAUUUGUGGUAUCCAGCCAUGGAGCUGAUUUAACAGUUGUACAACCAACUGCAGUGUGGGGGGUGUUUUUUGCGAUUGUGUUUGUAAAUCAAAUUCGAUGUUCAAAUGAUGAUUGGUUUUAAUAAAAUGUUGUGUUGAAAAUUAAGAUCCGAUAAGAUAUGUUGUCUUCGUGCCAUUGGUGGAUGAAUUCAGCUGAAUGACCCUUUUGUGGUGUGUGCCGGUGUCCAGUCCUUUCCGAAAUGGCAAAACUACGGCCAAGGUGGCUUUUUGAUCCAAUUAUCUCGCAAUUACGGACAGUAAACGCAAACAAUGGCUUCCCGAGUCCAUUUAGGUAGUCGAUUUGACCUAAUUGGGUGGGAAGUUUGCGUAAUUGAUGAACAUAAAUCCACACUAAGUUCAGUUAAUUACAUGGUGGAAUGAAUUUAGUGCCCGGUGCUCUCCUAAUUAACACAACUUGCAUAUAUCAAUGUUGGCAAAUUAAUAUUACGUCCACUAAAAAAUGCCAAUAAAGUAAUUUCAAGUUUGCAUAUAAAUGGUAUCAAAUUCUUUGAAGUACUUAAUAUUUACAAUUAAAUGGAAUAUGUAAUAUGUAGGCUUCAUGACCCCCAUGUUCAUACACAUGAAUCCACAUGGAAUAUGGAAUAUG